AUGGUGUAUAUGACGUCAUUUGCUUUUACCGAUGAUAUACUAUCGAAUGCGUUUGAACUUGAUCAAAUAUUAGAAGAUCAACUCAUUGAAAGCAUAAAAACAUCUGACAAACAUGAAUGUGAAAAAUGUGGCUGUAAUGAUCGAUGUAAGAAUGGAGGUUCAUGUGUUUUAGUGAAUCCGACUGUUUCUGGUGGUGAAUAUGGAUACCGAUUUAAAACUAAAGUUCAUCCAUGGGGAAAUUUUAGUAGGUACCGCGGUGUGUACACGCGUGAAUAUCGUCAAAUGAAUUGUGGUCGCACGUGA